CCAGUGACGAGGACGCCUGCGCAGUGCCUGCAGCUUCGGCGGCUCCUGCUCAGCGGUCGCCUGCAAGCUUCCCGCGAGACCUGCCCUCACGGUUCAGCCCACGAGAGCUCUGGCACCUCCUUCACCGGCCCCGCCCCCCUCGCCUUCUCCCUCUUCGGCUCUCGCUGCAGUGUAUCCCAGCCGGGCCGGAACUUGUGUCUGUGGGAACGGCUUUGUGCGGCGGUGUGUUGCCGGGCGGCCCCGAGGAGGACCGGUGCACCCCCCUUCCUUUCGCUCCCGCCGCCGCCGCGGAGCCGAGCGGAGCGGGGCCGGCUGGCCGGGCGCUGGCGGGGUCUAUGGUCUCUCGGACGCCUGGUGCUCUUCACCUCGGAGAAGCCGCUCUCUAUGGCCGGGAACUUCUGGCAGAGCUCCCACUAUUUACAAUGGAUUUUGGAUAAACAAGAUCUGUUGAAGGAACGCCAAAAAGACUUAAAGUUUCUCUCAGAAGAAGAGUAUUGGAAACUGCAGAUAUUUUUUACAAAUGUUAUUCAAGCAUUAGGUGAGCAUCUUAAAUUAAGACAGCAAGUUAUUGCAACUGCUACAGUCUAUUUCAAAAGGUUCUAUGCCAGGUAUUCCCUGAAAAGUAUAGAUCCUGUAUUAAUGGCACCUACCUGCGUAUUUUUGGCAUCCAAAGUAGAGGAAUUUGGAGUGGUUUCAAAUACAAGGUUGAUUUCUGCUGCUACUUCUGUAUUAAAAACUAGAUUUUCAUAUGCCUUUCCAAAGGAAUUCCCUUAUAGGAUGAACCAUAUAUUAGAAUGUGAAUUCUACCUUUUAGAACUAAUGGAUUGUUGCUUGAUAGUGUAUCAUCCUUAUAGACCUUUGCUCCAGUAUGUGCAGGACAUGGGCCAAGAAGACAUGUUGCUUCCCCUUGCAUGGAGGAUAGUCAAUGAUACCUACAGAACAGAUCUUUGCCUGCUGUAUCCUCCUUUCAUGAUAGCUUUAGCUUGCCUACAUGUAGCCUGUGUUGUACAACAGAAGGAUGCUCGACAGUGGUUUGCUGAGCUUUCUGUUGAUAUGGAGAAGAUUUUGGAAAUAAUCAGGGUUAUUUUAAAAUUGUAUGAGCAGUGGAAGAAUUUUGAUGAAAGAAAAGAGAUGGCAACUAUCCUUAGUAAGAUGCCUAAACCAAAACCACCUCCAAACAGUGAAGGAGAACAGGGUCCAAAUGGAAGUCAAAAUUCUAGCUACAGCCAGUCUUGAAACAUUCCGAGGACCUUCAGAGUGGAGUAUUUGGAAUAAAACCUUUGGGUGUUUUUGCUGUGCUAAAGAAAUGAACCGGUUUCAAUAAUGUCUUCAGUGGAACACAAAUGAGACUGAAUAGCUUGUUUCUGUCAAGCAUUUUGGGAAGUGGUUUUAUUUUUGGAAAGUAGUUUAAAUAGCUUUCUUUUAAAUUUUUCAUUCACUUUGGCUCUAGAACAAAUUAAGACCUUUUUGAUUGCAAACAUUUGUAUAAGUUAAUUGAAGUAUGAAUAGGUAACUAUACAUAGUUACUUUAAAUUGAAUAGCUAUUUCAAUAGGCUAUCCUUGUUUGCAUUUAGAUUAAAAUUAAAGUUAUUAAAUUUGGGAUUAAGGGAGGGAAAGCUUAAAGUAGCCAGGAAACAAGGUGCAUAAUUUAAGAAUCUUUUUAGUCUUUGAAAGAAGGUGAUAUACACCAACUCUUCAACAUCUGAGAAUUUUCUUCUUAAAUUAUUAAAAACAAUUCUUAAAGAAUGAAAUCCAUUAAAUCCUGGCUUUGCUAGUUUUGUUCACAUUUUCACAGGGAAAAUUAAGUACCUAUACAUAUAAGACAUACUUUAUUCAGUAGUUUUGAUCUUGCCAUGGGAAAUAGUUGCCCUGCUUUACAGAAAGGUGCAAUAUGUACAGUGUACUUUGACAGUUUUUAAUGUUAUGUGAUUUCCUUAACCAUUUCGAAUGCUGGGAAACUUUUUUUUAAAUCUAUAUGUAAAUUAUUUGCAAGUAAUGAUUUUAAUCAGGUAUUUUGAAAGUAAAACAAUAGUUGAAAACCCCACCAUAAUCUGGACAAGAUUUAUAAAAGUUCAUUUUAUCUUUAUGUGGGUAGUUUAAUUCAUUUUAUCUGAAAUGGCAUCUGCUUUUAGGUUUGUUUUGUUUUGUUUUGUUUUGACUAAGGAUUUAAAUUGCAUACAACAGGUUUUCCUGAGCCAGGAACACAAUCAGGUUUCAAGCCAGUUUGAUACUGGCCAUUAUUAAUUCUAAACUAAGUGUAGGACUUAAGAGAAAGUGUUGUCAGUGAGACUGCUGACCAUGGAACUCAGAAAUAAUUUUCUUCAAACUUGAAGGAUGGUGGUACAUAGGACAUAAAUGUACAACUUAAAGAUUUUAACCUUUUAUAAACAGUUUAUGUUCAAUGGAUUAUAAAAUUAAAUGUUGACUUCCUAGUAUAAAUUUGCAACAAUAAAAGCAAGUUCUUCA